CACCAUGUCGCUGUCGCGCACGGAGGAGAUGCACCGGCUCACGGAAAACGUCUACAAGACCAUCAUGGAGCAGUUCAACCCCAGUCUCCGGAACUUCAUUGCUAUGGGGAAGAACUACGAGAAGGCCCUGGCGGGUGUCACCUACGCUGCCAAAGGCUAUUUCGACGCCCUCGUGAAGAUGGGCGAGCUAGCCAGCGAGAGCCAGGGCUCCAAAGAACUCGGAGAUGUUCUCUUUCAGAUGGCCGAAGUCCACAGGCAGAUUCAGAAUCAGUUGGAAGAGAUGCUGAAGUCUUUCCACAAUGAGUUGCUCACGCAGCUGGAGCAGAAGGUGGAGCUGGACGCCAGGUACCUGAGCGCCGCGCUGAAGAAGUACCAGACGGAGCAGAGGAGCAAGGGCGAUGCGCUGGACAAGUGCCAGGCCGAGCUGAAGAAGUUGCGGAAGAAGAGCCAGGGCAGCAAGAACCCACAGAAGUACUCGGACAAGGAGCUACAGUACAUCGACGCGAUCGGCAGCAGGCAAGGAGAGCUGGAGAGCUGCGCGGCCGACGGCUACAGGACCGCGCUGACUGAGGAGAGGAGGCGGUUCUGCUUCCUGGUGGAGAAGCAGUGCGCCGUGGCCAAGAACGCCGCUGCCUACCACUCCAAGGGCAAGGAGCUGCUGGCCCAGAAGCUGCCGCUGUGGCAACAGGCGUGCGCGGACCCCAACAAGAUCCCGGAGCGUGCCGUGCAGCUGAUGCAGCAGGUGCCCAGCAACGGCUCUGUCCUCCCGAGCGCCCUGUCGGCCUCCAAGUCCAGCCUGGUCAUCUCAGACCCCAUCCCAGGGGCCAAGCCCCUGCCGGUGCCCCCCGAGCUGGCCCCGUUUGUGGGGCGGCUGUCAGCCCAGGAGAGCACGCCCGUCAUGAAUGGCGUCUCGGGCCCAGAUGGCGAGGACUACAGCCCCUGGGCCGACCGCAAGGCCGUCCAGCCCAAGACCUCGUCUCCUCCACAGUCCCAGAGCAAGCUGAGCGACUCGUACUCCAACACGCUCCCCGUGCGCAAGAGUGUGGCCCCGAAGAACAGCUACGCGGCCACUGAGAACAAGACCCUGCCGCGCUCCAGCUCCAUGGCGGCCGGCCUAGAGCGCAACGGCCGCAUGCGGGUGAAGGCCAUCUUCUCCCACGCGGCUGGGGACAACAGCACCCUGCUGAGCUUCAAGGAGGGGGACCUCAUCACCCUGCUGGUGCCCGAGGCCCGUGACGGCUGGCACUACGGGGAGAGCGAGAAGACCAAAAUGCGGGGCUGGUUUCCCUUCUCCUACACCCGGGUUCUGGACAGCGACGGCAGUGACAGGUUGCACAUGAGCCUGCAGCAGGGCAAGAGCAGCAGCACAGGGAACCUCCUGGACAAGGAGGAGCUGGCCCUCCCCCCGCCUGACUACAACGCAUCGUCCCGCGCCUUCCCUGCCCAGACAGCCGGCCCCUUCAAGCAGAGGCCCUACAGUGUGGCCGUGCCCGCCUUCUCCCAGGGUCUAGAUGACUACGGAGCGCGGGCUGUGAGCAGCGGCACGCUGGUGUCCACAGUGUGAGGACGCGGACCACGGGCCGCCGCUGCUCGGGAGAGCCCCCCAUCCGUCUGGCCUCCGUCGGUUCUCUCCUCCGCGCCCUCGUCAGUUUGUUCUCGGGCUCUUUUCCUCUCUCACCUGCCCCGUCCCGCCUUCCGGUUGGUGACCCCAGACUCUGAGAUCCCCCCAGGGUCCAUGGUGCUGCCCCAUCUCUGCUCCCCGUGUCUACACGCCCCCGGCCCCGUGUGUCCGCCAGGCGGGAGCUGCCAGCUGGGCAGCGGGGGCCCGGCGUCCUCGCCUCUGCUCUGUGGCCGCCAUGCUCACGACGCACUGUCCCUUCUUGAUGGCUCACCUCGAGCCAGGCCUAA